AUGGAACCCAUAAUCUCUGGAUUUUUUUUCCGGUGUAUACUCUUCAGGCGAGCAGUAGUAGAGGAGUUAGGAAGAUUCGGUGCGAAAAUUCAUACUGAGCUAAAAGCAUGCUUGGAUGAUUGGAAAUCCAAUGGUUUAGUGGUAUCUGGUUCGGUUUGUGUGCUUCGGUUAGAGUAUCAGAGGGAGAAGUUGAUUCAGGAAGCUUCGUCUGCCUUCGGCGGUAAACUCAACAUCCUUUAUAGUUUAUAUGCAAUGGUUAGCACUAGCGGCACAAGUUAA